UUAAUUUGUGUUUCGUACUUCUCCAAGAUGUCGACCUCUGGGCGACGUAACGAAGACCGAGACAAGUACGAUCGAAGACGUGAAGACGAACGUGGGAGUCGAGGACGUCGAGCUUACCGACCAGUGGUCUGUUACAACUGUGACGAAGAAGGACAUUACGCCAAUCAAUGCCCACAGCGAGACCGGCGGGUGAGUCGACCGUCUACCUCGACGGACUCGAGACGGUCGCGGUCACCGAGACAUGAUUUCGGGCGACGACCGCCCCCACAGGGCGAUUCAGAGCUGAGGGUGCGGGUCACUGAGCUAUCGAAAGGUGUGGCGAUGAUUAAGGAGCACUUCGAUGAGGCACGUGCGAGGAAGGAGGAGAAAGCGCGUAGGAAAUGGGAGAAGGAACAACUGAAGGAGGAAGCUAAGCGAAGAGAGGAGGAGGAAGAACGGCAGAAAGCCGAGGAAGCUGCCAGACGGGAAGCUAAGAGGAAGAAGAGAGAGGAGAAGGCUAGGAAGGAGGCCAUAACCAGGGCAGAAAUAAAGAAGGACGUCACUCUACAUGCAGCGAAGAUGAUAGGUGAAAUGAAGGAUGAUUGGCUUCACGAAUGGAAGACGUCGUUACUUCCAGUGAUUACCAGAGGAGCGAAAGACGUGAAGGGUAAGAAGGUUGUGGAGUUCGUCUCCGACGAUGAUGGAGGAUCGGAUUACAAUUCGGAGGAGAGUGAGACAAGUGUGACACAGGAACUCUAACGCACGUGCGGAGGGCACGUGCGGAGAUGGUAAGAGAGAGAGAGAGUGAGAGAGGAGAUGGACACACACAGGAAGCAGCAGCUGAGUGAAGGUCCAGUCCGGCCAACGAAUGAACGAACAUCAGAAUG